GGCACCGGCACCGCGUGGCAGCGGGAGGCAGCACGUCCUGCGCAGGACACUGAAAGCCAUAAAAGUGUGAUUAAAAAAAAGAAAAUGUCCAGAAAGAGCUUAGAUUAUGGACUGCUGCCAGAAUAUGAGAAAAGCCAGAUCAAAAGGACCUUGGAGUUGGGAACUGUUAUGACAAUAUUCAGUCUUAAGAAGAGCAGUCCAGAAAGGAGGACUAUUCAAGUCAUAAUGGAAACCAGGCAGGUUGCAUGGAGCAAGACAGCUGACAAGAUUGAAGGUUUCUUGGAUCUGAUGGAAAUAAAAGAAAUUCGCCCAGGAAAGAAUUCCAAGGACUUUGAGCGUUGCAAAGCAAAGCAAAGAGAAGAACACUGCUUUACUGUUUUCUAUGGUACCCAGUUUGUCCUCAACACCUUAAGCUUAGCAGCUGACUCUAAAGAUGAUGCUGAUAAAUGGUUGUGUGGCUUGAAUAUCUUGUAUCAAGAGGUCAUGAGUGCUCCCACACCUGCAAUCACAGAGAGCUGGCUGAGAAAGCAGAUCUAUUCUGUUGAUCAAACUAGAAGAAACAGUAUCAGUCUUAGAGAGCUGAAAACUGUCCUUCCCCAAGUAAACUUUAAAGUGAGCAACGUGAAGUUCUUGAAGGAUAAAUUUGCGGAAAUAGGUGCUUACAAGGAAGAACUUAGUUUUGAACAAUUCCAUUUGUUCUACAAGAAAAUCAUGUUUGAACAACAGAGAUCGAUUCUUGAUGAAUUCAAAAAGGAUUCCUCUGUGUUCAUUCUUGGAAAUACUGACCGUCCAGAUGCUUCAGCAGUUCAUCUCCAUGACUUUCAGAGAUUCCUGCUACAUGAGCAGCAGGAAACUUGGGCACAAGAUCUCAGUAAAGUCCGAGAACGAAUGACAAAGUUUAUUGAUGACACUAUGAGAGAAACUGCUGAACCUUUCCUCUUUGUUGAUGAGUUCCUUACUUACCUUUUUGCAAAAGAAAACAGUAUUUGGGAUGAGAAAUAUGAUUCAAUAGAUGUGCAGGACAUGAAUAACCCUUUAUCCCACUACUGGAUUUCUUCCUCACAUAACACAUAUCUGACAGGAGAUCAGCUUCGAAGUGAAUCCUCCACAGAAGCUUAUGUCAGGUGCCUUAGAAUGGGAUGUCGAUGUAUUGAGUUGGAUUGCUGGGAUGGUCCUGAUGGGAAGCCCAUCAUUUACCACGGAUGGACACGGACAACAAAGAUCAAAUUUGAUGACGUAGUACAGGCAAUCAAAGACCAUGCCUUUGUUACAUCUGAAUACCCAGUCAUUCUGUCAAUUGAAGAGCACUGUAGUGUGGAGCAGCAGCGACACAUGGCCAAAGUGUUCAAGGAGGUAUUUGGGGAUCAGCUUUUAAUGAAGCCUGUUGAAGCCAGUGCAGAUCAGCUGCCAUCACCAACCCAGCUGAAAGAAAAAAUCAUCAUCAAGCACAAAAAACUGGGACCAAAGGGAGACAUUGAUGUGAACUUGGAAGACAAGAAAGAAGAAAAAAAGCAACAGGGAGAACUUUACAUGUGGGACACAAUAGAACAGAAAUGGACUCGGCACUACUGUGCUAUUGCUGAUGAAAAGCUUUCCUUCAGUGAUGAUAUAGAACAGAAUACUGAUGAAGAUUCUUCAAAGGAGGUGAAACGUACUGAACUGCACUUAAAAGAGAAAUGGUUCCAUGGGAAAAUGAAAGAGGGGAGAACAACUGCUGAGAAACUGCUCCAGGAAUAUUGUGCUGAAAUGGGUGGCAAGGAUGGGACAUUCCUAGUUAGGGAAAGUGAGGCUUUCCCUGAUGAUUGCACCUUGUCAUUCUGGAGGUCAGGCAGAGUCCAGCACUGCCGAAUCCGUUCUUCAAGUGAUGGAGACUCUGUGAAGUACUACCUGACAGACCACCUGACUUUUGACAGCAUCUACGAUCUCAUUCAACACUACAGGGAGGCCCAUUUACGAUGCGCUGAAUUCGAGCUGCGCCUGACAGACGCUGUGCCUAAUCCCAGCCCUCAUGAGAAUAAAGAUUGGUACUAUAGCAACUUGAGUCGGGGAGAGGCAGAAGACAUGCUGAUGCGGAUUCCUCGAGAUGGAGCCUUUCUGAUUAGAAAGAGAGAUGAGCCUGAUUCAUUUGCCAUGACUUUCAGGGCGGAGGGGAAGGUGAAGCACUUCCGAAUCCAGCAAGAAGGGCGGCAUUUUGUGCUUGGCACCUCAGCCUACUUUGAGAGUCUAGUGGAGCUGGUAACCUACUAUGAGAAGCACCCGCUGUACAGGAAAAUGAAACUGCGUUACCCGGUGACUGAGGAGCUGCUGGAGCGCUACAGCACGGAAAAAGAUAUUAAUUCCCUCUAUGAUGUCAAGAUGUAUGUGGAACCCAGUGAAAUCACUCCUACAGUGCCUCAGAGAACAGUGAAAGCCUUGUAUGACUACAAAGCCAAAAGAAGUGAUGAAUUGAGCUUCUCUCGAGGAGCCUUAAUUCAUAAUGUCACAAAGGAAACUGGAGGCUGGUGGAAGGGGGAUUAUGGAGAAAAAGUCCAACAAUAUUUUCCAUCUAAUUAUGUUGAAGAACUGUCGUCUGAUAACUCUGCUGAGCUUGAAAGCCAGAUUAUUGAGGACAAUCCUUUAGGCUCUCUGUGUCGUGGCAUCCUGGUACUCAAUAUGUACAAUGUUGUAAAAAUGCCCCAAGGGAAACACAACAAGCCUUUUGUCUUCAUUCUGGAACCUAAGAAUCCAGAAGAUCCAUGUGUUGAGUUUGCAACUGAUAAAGUAGAAGAGCUCUUUGAAUGGUACCAAAGUAUCCGUGAAAUCACUUGGAAAACUGCAGAAGAGGAGAAUAGGAGAAAAUACUGGGAAAAAAAUCAAUUGAUUGCUAUUGAAUUAUCUGAUCUGGUAAUUUACUGCAAGCCAACAAGCAAAACCAAGGACAAUUUAGAAAAUCCUGAUUUCAAAGAAAUCCGUUCUUUUGUGGAAACCAAGGCAGAGAACAUUGUUAAGCAAAAGCCAGUCGAGUUGUUGAAAUACAACCUGAAGGGACUGACACGUGUCUAUCCUAAAGGACAGAGAGUUGACUCCUCCAACUAUGAUCCAUUUCGCCUCUGGCUCUGUGGCUCCCAGAUGGUGGCACUUAACUUCCAAACGCCAGAUAAGUACAUGCAGUUGAACCAUGCCUUGUUUUCACUGAAUGGACACACUGGCUACGUUCUGCAGCCAGAAAGCAUGCGGAAUGAGGAGUAUGACCCGAUGCCAAAUGACUCAAAGAGGAAAUUGCAGAUGAUUAUGACAGUGAGGGUUUUAGGUGCUCGUCAUCUUCCUAAACCUGGUAGAAGCAUUGCUUGUCCCUUUGUAGAGGUAGAAAUUUGUGGGGCUGAAUUUGAUAACAACAAAUUCAAGACAACAGUUGUGAAUGACAAUGGCCUUAAUCCAGUUUGGGCACCCUGUCCAGAGCAAGUGAAAUUUGAAAUUUAUGAUCCAAAUCUAGCAUUUCUGCGCUUUGUGGUUUAUGAGGAGGAUAUGUUCAGUGAUCCCAAUUUCUUAGCACAUGCCACUUUUCCCAUCAAAGGAAUCAAAUCGGGUUUUAGAUCAAUUCCACUCAAGAACGGCUACAGUGAAGAUAUAGAGCUGGCCUCGCUUCUGGUUCACUGUGAAAUGCAGCAAAUUCUGGAAAGUGAAGAAGAGCUUUAUUCCUCGUGUCGGCAACUUCGGAAGCGCCAGGAGGAGUUAAAUAACCAGCUGUUCCUUUAUGACACCCGUGUGAAUUUAAGGAAUCCCAACAGAGAUGCUAUAUUAAAAGAAUUCAAUGUGAAUGAGCACAAACUACAGAUAUAUCAAGACACAUGCAACCGCAGAUUAAAGGAGAAGAAAGUCAGUAACAGCAAAUUCUACUCUUAAAGCAGUCAUUCUUUGAUGCAUGCUUUAUGGUGCAAUUCAGGAAGAAAGUAAUUUAUCCUGGUCAUCCUAGACAACAAUGGGCUCAUCAGACUGAAUGACUGGAAGAAGAGAAGGUGGAUGAAAGAUGGCUUUCCUUAAUAAUUUCUUGUUACAAGAAAGACUGUUUUAAUUCCUUAUAAUUUAUAUUCUGUACAAAGCAUACCCUCUGUGCAGGCCAGACCUUCUUUGUAUUCUAAAGAUUUUUUACAAUUUGAGGACAUAUAGUUGGAUAGACCUCACUUUUUACUAUCAAUACCUGAAGUACAAGGAUAAAUCAUCUACUGUAUUUGUGUACACAGGCCAUAGACAAGACAUUCACAACAAUUUGCAUGCAUGGAAUCACACCACUUGAACAACCUAGCUCCUCAAGAUUAGCUGGGAGUGAGUUUUUAAUUUAUUAACUGCUAUAAAAGCACUUCUAUGCUGGCAUUGCCACAUCAUGUAUGUGACAGUGCCCCAGGCAGCAGGUUGUACUUCUGUUACUGUAUCAAAUAUUUUGGGCAGCUGAUAACUCAUACCAUUUUGUCUCUUGUUAAAAGUUUUUAGUUGCAUUUUUGAGAAUUAGAUAACAUGUUAAUUUUGUUGAAACCAAAUAUUCUCUGCAACUGUAGCUGUGUUUUUCGUGUUGAACUCUUUGUAAAGGUUUAAGAAAGGAAUGAUGUGUGAACCUGUAUUCAUAGCCCCAGUGAACUUAUGUUCACAACCUCAAGGCACUGGAAGGAAAGGUUCUUAAAAUAUGCAGUAGGAAAUACCUGUUCACAUAAUGGAAGGAUAUUUCAAAUUCUGAAAAGCAUUUACUUGGUUGUGGUAUCAUUUUGCAAAUCCUUUCGGCUGCUAAUGUGCUUAGAAAUGAAUUUUUAAAUGAACUGUCCAUUUUUAACUUUGCAACCCUACUUAGACAAGAGUGUCAACUGAUUGUGUCGUGUAAAUGUAGACUGUUUUCCCAAAAGGGAUCUAAUCCAAGGAGGAUAGUAGGCAGAAACAGAGGAUAAUAAGAUUAAAAACAUAGAGCUACAGAUGAGAAAACUUGUUAGAUGAGCAAGUGUUUUUUUCCUGCCAGAGCAGAACAAGAGUCCUGGCAUAUUUAACACCAGCUGUCAUAACUUGUGUAUGUCUUGGCUCUUUGUGCUAGCACUGUGUUAUUAUCAAAUUCCUGGUUCCUUUAUCUCUGUGUGGGUGCAAUUUUGCUAUCUGUAUGCUUGACUUUAACUUCCAAAUAUCUGCAGAGGGAUUAAGUUUUCCUGUCAAAGUGACUGCCUGAGGCAUAAAAUGCUGCAUACACAGUGCUACAUUUCUGAUCACAGAAAACUUGCUUGGAUUUGGGAUUCAUGGCCUGAUGAAGCUGUCUCAGCAGUUUUCUCUUGCUCCCUGUGCUAUGACUUCUGUUGUUUCAAGAGGCACUUCACUGAUGUCACUGUGCCUUCACAGAAGAUGGUUAGAGGUACUCCCUUGAGGUUUUAGUUAUUCUGUAAAGACAGUCUUGUCUCAAAGAUGAAAGUGCUGUAAUAGUGUGCCUCACAAUGGGAUGGCUUCUGUACAUUUUUUAUUAUAAAGAAAUUGAUUACUAAUCACCCAACUGAAAAAAGAGAGCAAAGUUAAAGGCAAUUAUCUUCUUUUCUUCCUCCUGCCUGAAAGCUUCUCAGUACCCAGGUGUGAUUGUUCAAGGAUUAGAUGGGUGGAAACUCCACUCAAACAAAUAAAAAAAUCACAUCAAGUAUGGAUCUGGGAUGUGAAGCUCUAACCUAGACUACUGUAUAAAGCUGGGCUUACCUGCAGUAUCCAGGUGUAAUGGGAUGAUCCAGCUGCUGCUCCUCGAGGGGGGGACCAUUGGUGUGCAUGCAUUUUGUGGCAUGUUUGAGGACAUGGUUAGUUUGUCAUGAUUGUUCCCUGUGUUAUAUAUUUAAUUGAACAACCUCCAUGAUUCCUGUUUAAUGUUGUGAGAGCAGUGUGUUGUCAGAGUUGAUCAGACAAGGUGGCCCAAAGCCUUGGCUGGAAGGUCCUGAGAUUUUUGCUACAGGUGGGACAGGAUGUAUAGGCAGCUGAGUACCAGCUAAGGUUGGACUGGUCACAAAGGAUAGGAGACUACAAGAAGCCAGGGCUUAGGGAGAGACCUAACCCUAACCCUAGAGCUCAAGGCUGUUGCUUUGGUGUUUUAAGCUCAGUUCCAGAGGGACAUAACAAAAUUGUCCAUUUGCCCUGGUUUCUUUUCUUGAUGUGCAUUUUCCUGACACAGGACAGCCAUUGUGUGAUGAACACAAGAGUUUCUUGUACUGCUGCUUUGCAAAUAGUUAAAAAUUAGCAAAUUUAUAGUCCUUUGAAAAGUUCUGUGCAUAUUGUCCACAGAUACUUGAUGUCAAAAGUUAUGAGAGACACUCCUCAAUAUUUAUGAAAAUCCAUUUAAUUUAACAGUAAGACUUUUCCCCAGAGUAUAAUGUUACACUGUGUCCAGAAGGAAAUACUGCAUUGGCUGUUCCUCUGUCUUGCAAGUGAUGGGCAAGACUAUGUACUAACUCUUCUCUUGUUUCUUGCACUGUCUUUUAACUGCAAAAUUUCACCUCUCAAUUUGUUGUCAGAGUAGACUCCAUAAGCAACUUUUUUACACUUGCAACUGUUGUAAUAUGAAAUUAGAUUUGAAUUUGUGUGCCAAUUUUAUAAUCUAGGAGGAAAAACAUUUAUAAUUGUUUUAAGUUAACAAUAUCUGUUAAAUUGUUGUAUUCUUAUAAAACUGUUUAAAAUCCUUAGAAUAACUUAUUUUUAAUAAAUAAUUUUUGAUAU